AUGGACUCAGAACACGAUGAUGCCGUGUCACAACUGGGAGGACUGGCUCUGGGCCAAGUUCUUCAGGACAUGGGUAUUGUCAGUGCUGACUCAGAUUUGAGUCGUAUCGGACUUGGCUCCAAAAGAAGUGCUAAUGCACAGGCGCUUCAUCGCGACGAGAUCUACCGUAAUGACUUUGAUGAUGGCAAAGAAGAGGAAGGGAAAGACGAUGAGGAAGAUGAGGAAGAUGAUCUAGCUGAGGAUGAGGCUGCAGCUAAGGCUGAGAAUACCCGCUCACUUCGACGAGAAAAAGUCAAGGUGCGUGGCGAAGACGAUGACUUUGCCGACGAAGAAGAGAAUGACAAGGAUGGAAGCGAAGAGCCGCAAAAACAACAGGCAACUCAUGCUGCUCUUCUCAUGAGUCCAAGAACCGAAGCUCGCCACAUGUUCCCAGAUUUUCAGCAGGGUACCUUGCUAGACUUUACUGAGUUGUUUGCAACACGUUCUCUCAAACGUCGCAAACUCGUCGGUAAGCUGCCGCAAUAUGACAAAAAUCACCACGAGCUGUCAGCUUCAGAGACUGGGUACGACGAGUUUAUGGCUUCAGACGGCGUCAAGGGCGAAAGUGAGCCUCAUCUUCUCCCGCGCCUAGUGCAGCCGUAUGUGGCCAAACAGGCAUCAGACCCGACCAGAUCGCGUUGUCAGGUGAUAUGUGAUGGAAAUUCGAGCACGUCGCACUUGCUCACGAAUGUGGAAGUAGAUGACUGGGAGCGACACAUCACCCCGCAUUCGUCUGAAGAGCCUUCGCAUGUAUUAACUAUGGCAGAGGUGAGUCGACCUCGGAACGACGAACUGGCCAAAGGCAUUUGGUUUGAAAAUAUUAUUUGGAACUCACAGCAUCCAUUUCGACGUUUUGAUCGACUUAUUAUGGAUAUGAACGACGCAGAAAUGAUUCUCGAGAAUGAAAAUACCCAGUCUGAAAAACAGGCUUCUUUGCUUCGUGCAGACGCGCCGCCCAACUUGCUUAAAUCGAGUAAGUUUACGAGCGAGCUGGAUCCAUUUAAUCUGUCGAAUGACCGCAUGUAUGAAUUGAGCAAAGUGCACCGACACCGCGUGCGUCAAACCCUUGGUCAGCUGGUCGUUCGUCAUGCCUGGCCUGCGAUCAAACUCCAGCUACCAUUCUACAAGACGCGCCUAACGAAGCAUGAAACGCGUUCAUGGCAUCGUCCGCGGAUUCAAUUUCCCUCCAACAUGCCCAUCAGUUUUUCACGUGUCCGUUCAUCGCGCAAGAAGGAUGGUGAGCGCAAGUCCAAGGACCCCAGUGAGGUGCUGCAUAGCACACGCGAUUUAACAUUAAAAGACGCUAGCAACUACGUGUUAUGUGAAUAUUCAGAAGAGUAUCCACCACUGCUCUCUAAUCUUGGUAUGGGAAGUCUGUUGGUCAACUACUAUCGGAAGAAAGACGCCAAGGAUGAUUAUAUUCCGCGCUCUGAUAUGGGCGAAGCUUUUGUGCUAGAUGUGACGGAUGAGUCGCCCUUUAUGAAGUUUGGCAGUGUCGAGCCAGGGCAGACGCAAUUGGUUUUGUAUAACAAUAUGACACGCGCCCCGCUCUUUCGUCACAAGCCCACUCAAAAUGACUUUUUGUUCAUUCGGAGCACCACGAAGGAUGAUGUUCGUUACUACCUCCGAGAUGUGCCCAACUUAUACGUGGUCGGCCAAACAUACCCAACGACGCCCAUUCCUGGCCCUCACGCUCGACUUGUGACGAACAAUAUCAAGUAUCGAUUGCAAAUGAUCACAUAUAAGCUGGUUGAGAAAAGUCAUGCCCAUCGUAUCAAGAUUCAUCGCGUGAUGAAAUACUUUCCUGACCAGAAUGAGCUGCAAAUGCGACAACGUCUGAAAGAGUUCAUGGUGUAUAAUCGCAAGUCCGGUGAUAUGCAUCAAGGUUUCUGGCGUUUGAAGCCUGAUGUCCCCAUCCCGGAUGAGGCCGAGCUGCAAAAGCUGCUAACACCGGAGCAUAUUUGUCUGGUCGAGGGCAUGCAGGUGGGUCAACGGCACCUUUUGGAUGCAGGCUUCACCAAGACGGCCGAGGGAGCGGAUGACGACGCGGACGAAGGAAAGAUGGAAAUUGAGCAGCUGUUAGCCCCGUGGAUCACGAGCAAAAACUUUUUGCACGCGACGCAGGGGAAGGCCAUGUUGAAGCUGCAUGGCGAAGGUGAUCCCAGCGGACGGGGAGAGGCGUUCAGCUUUGUGCGUGUGUCUAUGAAGGAGAUUUUUCUUCGCGCUGGUGAAGAUGUGGACGAGCGCCUGGCAGCAGAGGCAGAGACGCGUGCCAAGUCGGGUCACCGUUACAAUGUGGCAGAGCAGCAGGCGAUUUACCGUUCAGAAAUCGCGCGCAUAUGGAAGGCACAACUGGCUGCGCUAUCGAAUCCUGAGCCGCCACGCAUUACAGCGAAGGAAGAGCAAAUGUGGCGUGAAGAGCAGCGUCGUGAGCGUAAGCAGCUGGAACACAAGGCGACCAAGCCCCUGCUCGUCAAGCGAUUGUUCAAUGGUGUGUGGUACAAGCACAUUGUACGUGACCCAUCGGUGAUCAAUGCCUAUGUAAAGCAGCGCCAGGAGAUUGAAGAGCAGAGUAUCGUGACCGAGUCGCUCAUGCCGACAGGUGAUGCGGCGCUUGAUGCGAUGCGCAAAAAGCGUCUAGAAGAAGAGAUUGCCGCUCGUGUGAAGAACCAGGACCGUCGUUUGCAGCGCAAGAAUGCGAAGGCAGCUGCCGAGGGCAUUAUUGGCGGAUACAAAAAGAUGCCCAACAAAACCAAUACCAAGCGCCGUUGUGGUCGCUGCGGUAUGGUGGGCCACAUGUCAACGAACAACGCAUGUCCGCAAUAUCAAGCUAGCAACGCAGGCGGUCGUGGCGGCAGUGGUGCUGGUGGCAGCGCGGCCAACUCUGUUCGCCCACCGAGUGUGAUGCCGAUGCCCAACAGCACAUAUUACACGAGUGCGACGAACCAGCAGCAGGGCGUGCCGAUGCCCUCGGCCUUUCCGCCGUUGGGGAUGAAUGAUCCUAUGGGGCCGCAGUCGCCUGUGUGA